AUGGCUGGCGGCGUGCGUUCGAAAUCUAAUCAAAAUGUGCGCUCGAAGACGAGCUCGACGAAAAAGUCGAGUAAUGCUACCACGCAGAAACCCAGCGAGGCGUCUGUCGUCGAUAUUCCGGCAUAUGUGCAACAGGCCGCGUUGAAUAUCUUCCGCGAUCAUCUGCAUCCGACCGACGAGGAUGUCCAGCUGCUCCAAGAAAUCAAGACGCAUCUUUUCAAUCGAGACUUCGCGACUACCUUCUCCAAACAGGAGUAUCUGCGCGUCUAUGCUUCUCGUUGGAGCCCGAGCCGUGCCCUAGGGUAUCUAGAAAUCUUUUCAGAAAUAGCAGCUCAUGUUCAGGUACCUUCAACAGGUGGCGAAGAUGGCGAAAGGAUCAGUACCAAGAUUGUUUGCCUCGGUGGCGGAGCAGGCGCAGAGAUCGUAGGCCUUGGAGCGUGGCUCAGCCUAAGUCCUCCUGGUGAUCUCUACGCACAAAAGUUCGAGGCGCACUUCAUUGAUAUCGCUGCAUGGGGCGAGGUGAUCAAUGCAUUGCACAAAGGCAUUGUGGAGCCGCCGCCUCUCUCAAAGUAUGCUUCUGCGGCCGUGAGAGAGUCGAAUGCCGCUCUGCUCCUUGGAGAUGUCUUCUCCUCGAGCUUUUCUCAAUUUGAUGUGCUAUCUACUUCGGACGGCCCCUUCGCCGCUCAGAUUCAGAACGCAGACCUGGUCACUCUGAUGUUCACUCUGAAUGAACUAUAUACGUGCUCGAUUUCGAAGACGCAGUCACUGCUUGUCCAGCUGACAAAGAACAUGCGCACUGGCACACAUCUCCUUGUUGUGGACAGUCCCGGAAGCUAUUCUACCGUUUCCAUAAACGGGGCAGAGAAGAAGUAUCCCAUGCAAUGGCUUUUGGACCAUACUUUGCUGGACAGCGAGCCGCACAAGCGAGGGUCAGAUGUCUUGCCCAAAUGGUCCAAGGUCUUAUCAGAAGAAUCUAGAUGGUUUAGAUUGCCGCCGGGUCUGGAAUAUCCAAUACCUCUAGAGCACAUGCGUUACCAAAUACAUAUGUACAAGAGAAACCAAGACCAAGGAGAAGAAGUCGUUACAUGA